AGAAAACAGAAAACACAUGUUGGUUCUUGGUUGAGCAACGAGUCAGACGAGACGAGAGGCAAAAUUGUCCAAAUAAUUGUUUUUCUGUCUCUGACUCUGCUAACUUUAGCAUAAAAUCAUUUUUUUAUUGUUUAAUGUUGUCUAGCUAACAGUUUGAAAAGAUAAUAACAAUGCCAAUCCAUUUUUGCCCGUGGUGUGGCAACAUGCUGUCUUUGACGUCCACUGAAGAUGCAAGUGGAACUCUUGCCUUUGUGUGCAACUGCUGUCCCUAUUCAUUUUUGAUGGAGAAUGAAUGCGUCUGUCGAUAUAUUUACACAAGAAGGAAAGAACUCGACGAUGUGCUUGGAGGUGCUGACGCCUGGAAAAACGUCGACUCCACAGAGGCGCAGUGCCCUUCGUGCAACCACCACAGAGCUUACUUCAUGCAACUUCAAACAAGAUCUGCCGAUGAACCUAUGACAGUGUUUUACAAGUGCUGCAAGGACGGUUGUGGAUAUAGAUGGAAGGAGUAACAAUUAAAUUUUUAAUUAUACGGAAGUGAAAUGUUCGAAUGAAUAAAUUGGCUGUUUAAAAAUGAAUAA